AUGGUGCUUGCGUACUCCCCAAUCCAGGUCCAACUCGCCCACUAUAAGUAUAGUGAAAGUCCCAGACACUGCUCCUGCGACAGUGCCGACCUUUCUGCCCCCGCCAUCCCUGCCAGCUCCUCCAGCUCGGCGUCGACCACCUCCUCUGAUGCUGUCAGACCGAAUUUCCAGGUCCGAUUGUUAUGA